AUGCGCUUUACUCACGAGCCGUCCUUUUGGAAGUCCUUUGAUCGUAUCUACGCAACCUCAUGGGAUCAAUUUAACGAUGUUAAGCCUCCCAUAGAAGUUACAGAUUAUGAGGUUCUUAUUGACCAAGGAUAUCGAUACUUUGAGCUAUCUCAAGAAUUGGUUGACAUGACAGACUGCCGAGACCUAAUCACCUUACAAACAACAGGGUUUAUGAUUUUGUUCCUUCAGUCGUCUGAGAAACUAAGCACAUGCUAUUCUUAUAUUGGAAUUGCCCAGCGAGCAGCCGUUUGCCUGUGGCUUCAUAGAUAUGAGUCAGGAAGCUUCAAUGCUCUUGAACGCGAGCUCAGAAAACGCAUCUUUUGGGCUAUUCGGAGUAUGGACAUCUAUGUCAGCACUCUUCUUGGUUUGCCACUGCUGGUGAGCACCGGCGACAUUGAUCAAGAAUACCCCCUGGAAGUAGACGAUGAGUACAUCACUUCGACCGGCGUCUUGCCAAUACCCGUGGGUCGAACAUCGUUAAUGAUGGGUGUAAAUGCCCAUACCCGAUUAGUGGACAUUAUUGUCAAGAUGGCCAAAUACGUUUAUCCAGUCCGGCAUGCCUCACACUUGGCACCAUUCAAUCACACAUAUGUGGUCCGCCAUUCUAGAUUACGAGGCAUUGAGAAGGAUUUAGAAUCUUGGAUGAAGAAUCUACCCGAGGCUCUAGCAUCACGAAAUGAUGCUUCCCCUAAAUUGGCACGCAUGCAACAAAUGCUACGGAUAGGUUAUGCUCACGUUCAAUGGGUCAUGUAUAGACCAUUCCUACACUCCAUCUCGAACGAUCUUCAGCCUCAGGACAUAGACAGGCGAUCCUAUAGAUGCGCUACCGCCUGCAUCAGUGUCUCCAGAAAUAUAAUUCACAUAACUACGGAGAUGUAUAACAAACGUAUUCUUAAUGGCUCCUCUUGGUUUGCGGUGCACACCAUUUACUACGCCGUCCUCACAUUUGCCUACUUUUUGCUUGAGAAUUCUGGCCCUCCAGUAACCAAAGACAGGGUUCUGAAAGACACAUUGGAGGGGAAAAAUACACUGGCAGGAUUGGCUAACAACGGCGUGGCCGUUGGGGGAUGUGCCUGUCUCUAUUCUCUUAUAGAGCAUCUCCCAGAGAGACUAAAUAAGCACAAAAGUCCAACUAUUCAGCCUACGAAUCAUGAAACCUCCGCAAAGCUAGAAUCAGCCUCCAGUUUGAGAAGAUGGCACUCAACGUCCCCCGAUUUAUCGCGGUCCUCACCACCCAAGUGGUUAAAUGCUUACGCCCUGAAUGGAUCCAUCAAUUCAGCUUCUAGCAACGCCUCUUCGAUGGAACUAUCUGUCAAUGAACAUUAUGACUUAUUGCAACAGCUUGGCCCUAUACAUGCGCCACCAGAACGAAUGCUUUUACGAUUUCCAUCGGAUGAUCCGUUUGCUUGCCCGACUCAGCCUCUGUCUUCCUUUGAUAAUGAUGCUUUUCUAAACGUGCAGUCGACAGUAUAG